AUCUUUCUUUGCACGUCUUUGCCCAACUUCUCAUGGUUUCUUUACUGUUAUAUUCUCAAAAACUGUAUUUUUCUUCUUUUUUUGACAGAUAUUCUGCAUAUUGACAGCAAUAAUGUCCGCUGUGUACGUGAUGGGUAUGCUGGGUCUUUUGAUGAAGUUGGCCAUGCCCAUGUGUGCCCCCACAGAAUACACCCUUUACGUCGAGAGGCCUGAGUGUAACUUUUGUGUAGCUGUCAACACCACCAUCUGCAUGGGCUUCUGUUUUUCCAGAGACAGUAAUGUAAAAGAGUUGCUGGGUUCCCGUUUCUUGGUCCAGAGGGGUUGUACUUAUGAAGAAGUCGAGUAUCGAGCCGCCGUCCUGCCCGGCUGCCCUCCGCAUAAAGAUCCUCACUUCACGUACCCGGUGGCUCUGAGCUGUCACUGCAGUACCUGUAACACACACAGUGAUGAAUGUGCACACAAAACCGGUCAUUCCGGGAUGAGAUGUUCCAAACCUAUCCGUCAUCUAUAUCCCGACCCGGAGGAGAACAACUUCAUACAGCCGUUCUGGGAACAGUACGAGUGA